GUUUAUUAACUUGUGUUUUUUUAUAUAUCCGCCAUCCGUGCAGACUCUAUAUCGGCGUCUGAGCGGGUUUGAAGGUUCUUAAGACUUCGUACCACACGCUGUUACGACAUAAACCGAGACUAUGGCGGGAAGAGUUGCUUUAGCUGUCAUCACAUUCUUUGCAGUGAUAUCUACGGCUAAUGGUCAGGUGGAUUUGUUUGACUGCGACAGCAGACCAACCCAAAAGUGCACAGAUGGCGCCACUUGUAAUACGACGACAAAACUGUGUACCGGAUGUCAAACGAAAAAUGGUUACGCUUGUGAAGCCAAUGCCCCAGACGCAGCCAACGCUACUGACUGCCAGGCUGCGCCUUGUGAAAACGGCGGAACCUGUCUCCAAGGAGGGGGGUGUCGCUGCACCCCUGCCUACACUGGUGCGACCUGCGCUACAGAAACCGUCUUACUGACUUGCGCGGGAAAUCCACCCUCCGAUACCGACGCAAUGGUCCUUGACGUCACCAAACUCGUUGGGGCAAAUGAAUCGCAAAUCAUUGUAGAGGGCGCUAACAGCAGUAACACGGACGAUGACCGAUGUUUUGGAAGCUCCGGACAACCACUGAAUAUGACCAACAUAGACACAGCUAGGGCUACUACUACGUGUCCUAAUGCUAUGAAGAUAACACUGAAUGGAAACGCAGUCUACUCUAGAACGUUUCUGGUUCGUUUCAAACACGGCAUGACAAGCUUCACUACCGAUUUCAAGGUCAAGGCCGAAUGUGGUCCGUCGGGGUCAAAGGUCACAGUUACAGUGCCAGCGUUCAUUAGUGAUGGGGACACACCCAAUUUGCCCGUGCAAGACGUCGGUCAAACGGUUGCUGGCGCGAAUGUUACAAUGACUCUUUCGAUUGGUGGAAGUCCUUUGACUCAAGGAAAUACGUACACAUUAACGGACACAAUUCAAGUGAAAAUUGCCCUGAACCUCAACGACUCAGCCUUUGUCGCUAUCCGCCUGGAGUCGUUUACAGUUGACAACGGACACACACCUCUAACAACUAUUGACCUAAUUAAAAAUUCAUGUCCGACCGGUGAUUCGAAGGUGGUUAUGAAGACUAUGCCGUCUCGCCUUACCGACAACGAGGUCGUUUUCGACACGGCCCCCGUGAUCAUCGACCCGACAGUGAAGAACGCCUACACCGCCGUCGUGCUGGUCUGCAGAAACCAGGACAAGCAGAAGUGUGACCCGGUUGCCUGCGACUCUGGUAACCCGUCUGGGUUUGGACGGCGACGGAAGCGAGAGGAGCCCGCCGACACAGCAACUCUGAACGUCCAGUUCAGUGUCGACGAGAAGAACUCAAUCAAGAGAGCGAUAAACGACAUCAAAGACAACAUCAACAACCAGGAAGUCUGCGUUCUCAGCAGCGAGAUGACGGCCACACUGGUUGCCAUGGCGAUCGCCAUCUUGCUGCUGCUGGCCGUGGUGCUGGUGUUGAUCGUACGGGCGAUCAUGUCGUAUCGUCGCCAGACGACGAUCUACCAGCACAACCCGCUGCAGGACUCCACGUCCGCCGUCAGUCUACCCAAGCUGGUCAGCACGGGCUACUAACACUGGCUGCCAAGACGGCGUCAAGCUACGAUUUCGUGGCCGUGACAUUAAAGGCAUACUGUCACGGAUUUAAGGACCUUAUUUCUCUAAAAUGGAUAAUAAAUAAAAAUUACAUUAAUUGUUGGAAACCAAAUCUAGCUAUCGCCUCACCUUAACUGAACCAUGAUGGA